AUGUCUCAUAAAGUCUUACAAAUAGUUCUCGUUCUGUUGCUUACUCUGUUUUCAUCUACUCACAACUCCAAUGGCAACUUCCUCAUGGAAGAAGCUGCAGCUGCAGGUUUAAACGGUUAUUGCCUUUUAACAAACACCACGAAGCAUUCCUACGGUCAAGCUUUCAACAACACUCCCGUUCCCAUCAAGAACUCAUCUUUCUCAUUCAACAUCAUCUUCGGGAUCGUCCCUGAACAUAAGCAGCAAGGUUCACACGGUAUGGCUUUCGUUUUCUCUCCUACAAGAGGCCUUCCCGGAGCUUCCCCCGAUCAAUACCUGGGAAUCUUUAACGAGACAAACAACGGUAAAGCCUCGAAUAACGUUAUAGCUAUCGAGUUAGAUAUACGAAAAGACGAAGAGUUUGGAGAUAUUGAUGAUAAUCAUGUUGGGAUUAACAUUAAUGGUUUGACAUCUGUUGCCUCUGCUUCUGCUGGUUACUAUGAUGAUGAAGAUGGAAACUUCAAAAAGCUUUCUUUGAUCAGCACAAAGGUAAUGAGGCUUUCCAUCGUUUAUAGUCACACCGAUAAACAGCUCAAUGUUACUUUAUUACCUGCUGAAAUCUCUGUUCCGCCACAAAAAUCGCUCUUGUCUUUGAACCGAGAUCUCUCGCCCUAUUUUUUGGAGGAGACGUACUUGGGUUUCACGGCAUCGACCGGGUCGAUCGGAGCACUCUAUUAUGUGAUGCAAUUUUCCUAUGAAGAAGGAGUUAUAUAUCCAGCAUGGGACCUUGGCGUAAUCCCAACCCUUCCUCCAUAUCCAAAGAAGUCGUAUGAUAGAACACGGAGGAUUUUAGCGGUCUGCUUAACGUUGGCCGUGUUCACUGCAUUAGUCGCUUCCGGAAUAGGUUUUGUCUUUUAUGUGAGGCAUAAGAAGGUUAAGGAGGUUCUUGAAGAAUGGGAGAUUCAGAAUGGACCUCAUAGGUUUUCUUAUAAGGAGCUUUUCAAUGCCACAAAGGGUUUCAAAGAGAAACAACUUCUUGGGAAAGGAGGCUUUGGUCAAGUCUACAAAGGAAUGCUUCCGGGUUCCGAUGCAGAGAUCGCUGUAAAACGGACUUCUCAUGAUUCAAGACAAGGGAUGAGCGAAUUUCUAGCCGAGAUAUCGACCAUUGGUCGUCUCAGACAUCCAAAUCUAGUCAGGCUUUUGGGAUAUUGUAAGCAUAAAGAGAAUCUCUACUUAGUUUAUGACUUUAUGCCUAAUGGAAGCCUUGACAGGUGUCUAACCCGUAGCAACACGAAUGAAAAUCAAGAACGGCUUACUUGGGAACAACGUUUCAAGAUCAUCAAAGACGUUGCAACUGCUCUACUACACCUGCAUCAAGAAUGGGUACAAGUCAUCGUUCAUCGAGAUAUAAAACCGGCUAAUGUUCUACUCGACCACGGCAUGAAUGCGAGGCUCGGGGAUUUCGGAUUGGCGAAGCUGUAUGAUCAGGGAUUUGAUCCUCAGACAUCUAGAGUAGCGGGAACAUUAGGUUAUAUUGCACCUGAGCUCUUAAGAACAGGAAGAGCAACCACAAGCACAGAUGUUUACGCCUUUGGGUUGGUUAUGCUUGAAGUCGUUUGUGGUAGAAGAUUGAUUGAGAGACGUGCAGCAGAAAAUGAAGCGGUUCUUGUUGAUUGGAUUUUAGAGCUUUGGGAAAGUGGGAAACUUUUCGAUGCAGCUGAGGAAAGUAUUCGUCAAGAACAAAACAGAGGAGAAAUUGAGCUUGUUUUGAAGCUAGGUCUGUUGUGUGCACAUCACACUGAAUUGAUUAGACCGAACAUGAGUGCGGUUUUGCAGAUCUUGAAUGGCGUUUCGCAUCUUCCCAAUAAUCUUCUUGAUGUUGUUAGGGCUGAGAGAUUGAGAGGAAUUCCUGAGACAUCAAUGGAAGUACUACUUGGUCUUGAUCUGAAUUCUUUUGGUACAAUGACGUUGACGAAUUCUUUUGUGUCCCAUGGACGCUGAAACCAUAAAAAUAAGUUAGUUUUGAUCAAACAUUUAUAUUCCAUCGGGAGCUUCUGUAUCCGUCUAUUUGAUAAAUGAGUACAUGUUUCUGU